ACUCUGGCUCCGAAUAUACAUUUGUGCGUCGGCAGUAUAUUAUUGUGAAGGCAGUUGUUUCAGUGUUGAACGUGAAAUAACUGCGCGCAGUCGGAACGAAAACACAUUUCCUGAUGACAGGACACAAGGCUUUCGCAAUGAUUUUUGUGCCACCAGUCAUUCGGUGUCGGAUUAUGUUUACAGUUUGAGAGAUACAUCACUCCUCAGCCAGAUUCAGGCUGUCGCAAAUGAAAAAUGUUCCAAGUCAGUGGCAGUCAACCUGGUCCCUACAGCCCACUAAUGGGCAGUCCAGUUUUCAGGAUGGAUUUAUGGUGCUACAAAAACAUAUCCACGUAGAGUACCAGAAGGAUUCGAUCGAUUCGCUGUAAAUGAGCAACAGAAUCCAGUCUGACCUGAGAGCAGAUAUCCUGUUAACUUGGCAGUGUAAAUGUAAUAUGCAAUUGUGAAUACCACUUUGGAAGAGGCAGUAUACAGUAGUUGGCACCCGUGUGUAUCCAAAUAAACAAUAAAUAAACAAAUAAAUACAGUUUUGCAGUAAAAGUUGUUGGUACAGUGUGCAAGCUAGUUACAAGUGAAACAUGGAAGCAAAUGGUAAUGUAUGUUUGAGGUGGAACAACCACCAGAGUACAGUACUUUCUGUCUUUGAAACCCUUUUAGACAGCGGAACACUUGUCGACUGCACUAUCGCAGCCGAAGGUCGUUGCUUGAAAGCUCACCGAGUGAUCCUCUCAUCGUGUAGCCCUUUCUUUGCACUGUUGUUCAGCCAGCACUAUGAGAAACACCCGAUAGUUGUACUGAAAGACAUCAGAUUUCAGGAACUGAGAGCUGUGGUGGAUUACAUGUACCGUGGUGAGGUCAGCAUUUCCCAGGAUCAGCUGGGAGGUCUCCUGCAGGCGGCAAAGUUGCUGCAAAUAAAAGGCUUGUCAGACAGUUGUGAGGGUAGAGGAGAUGGGAAGGUGGAAGUGGACAAAACUAAGGAAAUGUGCUCUUCGGUCCUACAGAGUGGUGCAGCAGUUGAGCAAUCUGCAGAACCUGCAACAGUCACUCAGUUCCCACCAGACACAGACGUAGUUGAUCUAUCAGAUGACAGUUUACCAUCUCCUGACGCACAGGAAACUCUCAGUACAAAAGAACAAAAUACGUCACCAAUCAAUUGUGCUCUCAGGGCUUCACACAGUUUAUCUGCUCGCCAUGAGAACAAAAUUGGGAAUAGUUCUUCUGCAACCGAAAAUCACCUAAGCACUCUACACGGCACAUCCAAUGAACCACAGGUUAGUUCAACGAUUUCAGCACAUGCUUUAACACCGUUGACUUCUGCAGCAUUUCCAAAGUCCGUGCUGGAAAAUAACUUGCCAGAUGUUCCAGAGAACAAGACUGAUAGAAUAAAAUGUGAAAAUACUCUACUGCCAAAAGCAGCUUCAGAGCAGACAGCAGUCACAUUAAAAGGUCCUCUCCAGAAACCAGGAACACUUACAGAAACACCAGUUAAAAGUGAAAGUGAGUUAAUGGACACUGACGACAACUUUGCUGAUGAUGUUUCGCGUAAUUUUACAUUUAAUGAUGUGGACUGUGCAGUGCACCGAGAACAGCAGUCACCUAGUGACAGGGCGAACUUUCUCAGUGAGGGAAUGAGUAUUGAAAGUGUGGUCGAUUGGACGUGUGACAUUUAUUCGGGCCUCCCCCAGUCAAAAAGACCUUGUUUCUCUAGGUGCAGAGUUUGUGGCAAGGUGUACAAGUACAACAGGAAUUUAACAAAACAUUUAAAAUAUGAAUGUGGGAAAGAACCACAGUUUCGUUGUCCAUACUGUCCAGCAAGGUAUACUCAGAAUGGAACACUGAGGAAGCACCUUGAAAAACAUCAUCAAAGUAGUGAGAGUGUCAAGUAAUGUAACAGAUUAAACUUGAAAACUUUUAAUUAAAAAAAAAAAAAAAAUGGUGGAUACAUUUCCCCUGCUACCA